CCUUCAAUUCCCAUAUUGUAAAGCACAAAAACAUGAAUAUUUUCAAAAGACUAAUAUUUUAUAUUAGCAUUAUAUUCAUACCAAUAUGGAUGCCAAUAAAUUACUUUGUCCACUCAUCCAAUAAUGGAGAAACUCUCCAAAGGUCAACCUACAUCAUCCACAUGAAUAAGUCCUUAAUGCCUAAUGUUUUCACUAGCCACCAUCAUUGGUACACCUCCACCGUUGAAUCCCUCAAUUCGGCCGCCGUGACCACCACCACCACCACCUCUUCUUCUUCUUCUACUUCACCUAGUGUCCUUUACAGUUAUGAUAAUGUCUUGCAUGGGUUUAGUGCACACUUAUCCCAAAAUGAGCUUCAAAUGCUUGAAAACCAUCCAGCAUUUGUAUCAUCUUGUAAAGAAGCUAGAGCUACACUUGACACUACUAGGACUAUUGACUUUCUAUCACUCAACACUCAUACCGGUCUUUGGCCGGCCUCGGACUACGGCCAUGAUGUUAUCGUUGGUGUCGUUGACACCGGGGUUUGGCCCGAGAGUCGGAGCUUCGGUGAUGCCGGGAUGACCCCGAUGCCGUCGAGGUGGAAGGGUGGGUGUAAAGGAGGAGUAAGUUUUAAUACUUCCUUGUGUAACAACAAGUUGAUAGGGGCUAAGUACUUUAACAAAGGUGUUAUAGCCGCGGAGCCUAAGCUUAAGUCUAAGGUGAACUCCGCUAGGGACACGGACGGUCAUGGGACACACACGGCGUCUACCGUCGCCGGAAACUACGUCGAAGACGUGUCCUUCUUCGGCUACGCCAAAGGUACAGCUAAAGGGGUGGCUCCAAGUGCUAGGGUGGCUAUCUACAAGGUAGUAUGGGAGGUUGGGAUAUGCUACACCUCAGACGUCCUCGCCGCCAUGGACGAAGCCAUAUCCGACGGCGUUGACGUCAUCUCCAUAUCGUUAGGAUUCCAGGAUCUCCCCUUGUACAAAAAUCCAGUAGCAAUUGGCGCGUUUGCUGCGAUGGAGCAUGGAGUUCUGGUGUCAACUUCAGCAGGAAAUAACGGUCCGACGUAUGGUUCGGUCCACAACGACAUCCCUUGGUGUUUGACAGUCGGUGCAAGCAACGUCGACCGCCAGUUCGCCGGAACGUUGUUGCUCGGAGACGGCCGGAAAAUAGUAGGGUGGACGUUAUUCCCGGCAAGUGCCGUCGUUCAAGAGGUGUCGUUAAUAUACGACGAACGUAUAGCAGCUUGUAACUCUUCUGAUUUGUUAACAAAAGAAGCUUCUAACGAAAUCGUCAUUUGUGAUGAUAUUGGCGUAACGUUUAACCAAAUAGCACAAGUUUCGAACUCCUCUGUUGCUGGUGCUAUAUUUAUCUCUAAAGACCCGUUAAUAUACGAGGCAGGGGAGGUCUCGUGGCCCGGAAUCGUCGUCAGGCCCGAGGAUGGCCUAUCCAUUGUAAAAUACGCGAAAGCGAAUAAGAACAAGAACAACUCUUGGGUGAGCAUGCAGUUUCAACAGACGCUUGUAGGGUUGCAGCCUGCACCAGUUGCCGCGUCCUACACCUCCAGGGGGCCGUCUAGGAGCUGCCGCGGUGUAUUGAAGCCGGACGUAAUGGCUCCCGGUACUCAGAUAUUAGCAGCCUAUGUUCCUGAUAUCGAGGUAGCCAGGAUUGGCAACGACAUAGUACUGUCAAAUGAUUAUGCCCUUCUCUCAGGAACUUCAAUGUCGUGUCCACACGCUUCAGGUGUAGCCGCCCUCCUCAAGGCGGUCCACCCUGAGUGGACCCCGGCGGCUAUCAAGUCCGCCAUGAUGACCACCGCGAACCCACUUGAUAACACCAACAACGCUAUCAAGGACAACGGUUUCAGCCUCGGUCCAGCUUCCCCAUUAACCAUGGGUUCAGGACAGAUUGUUCCUAACAGUGCACUUGACCCGGGUUUAAUCUAUGACUUAACACCACAAGACUAUAUAAACCUCCUUUGUUCGAUGAACUUUACAAGAAACCAAAUGUUGAGCAUUGUAAGAUCGAAUAAACACGAUUGCUCAACUCCUUCAAACGACCUCAAUUACCCGUCUUUCAUUGCUUAUUACGACAACACGAAAACUGAUACAGUGAGUUUUCAUAGGACUGUAACGAAUGUAGGAAGAGACGGUAUGACGACAUACAAGGCAGUGAUCACCACCCCUAAAGGUUCUCGAGUGAGGGUGUAUCCAAGGACAUUGGUGUUUAAGAGAAGGCACGAGAAGCAGAGCUAUAGACUGACGAUUAAGUACAAGAGUUUUGAUGGGUUGGAAGCUGCAUUUGGUUCACUGGUUUGGACAGAAAAUAAGGGACAUUAUAGAGUAAGGAGUCCCAUUGUUAUAUCACCUACAGACUACAGUAUACUUUAAUCCCCCUGUUUGAUCAAUAGCUUUGAAAUAAAACUAGUACUUAAGCUAAAUACAGGCAGAUUAUAUACCCUUUAAAUUGUAAUUUAUGAGAUUAUAUUCAACUGUGAAAUAAGCUAAAGCAAGCAAUUAUUGUCAA